GUUUUUUUAGUCUGGUCCGACUCCGACUGGUAAAUAUUUAUUAUGAAAUAUGUUCUUAAUAGAAAUAUCAACUUAAUUUACUUACAUAAUCUAUUACAUUGAAUUAUAUUACUUACGAUCUGUACAGAUUACACUAUUCACUGGCUCGGACAGAUGUGAAAAAUGAUUGAGCUCUCUGCUAAAUUGACUACGGGUACUGUGUACCUCGCUGGUGAAGCUCUUGAAUGCUGUAUUACGUUCUGCCACACUACACAACCAGAACAUAGAAAUUCGCAAAGCCACAGUGAUAUCUUAGAAAGCCUAGCAUGGGUUUCAGCACAGAUUCAUUGCUUCUUCUCCACAUCUGGGAACUCUGGAGAGAAAACACCAACAAUAGGAAGAACAACUGCUUUGGAAGUAACUUCUUGUGAUGUUGGAGAAGUGGUGUUUCACACAAAACCAAAGAUACUAUUCUGUGAUUUGACAAUUCCUCUUGGGGAAACCAAAACAUUUUGGUACAGAGAAUCUAUACCCAUUGAAGCUCCACCUUCCUACAGAGGGACAUCAGUAAAAUACUCCUACAAGAUAACCAUAGCUACUCAAAAAGUGGGUUCUCACAUCAAAAUGGUGCGAAUACCAUUUAGGGUACUCCCUAUAAGCCCUAUUAUAAACAUGCAAGAUCUUGCUGCAUUGUGUGGCAAUGAGACCACUGAAGAACUGCAGCCAACUAAUCCUUUUUCUGAAGAACGCAAAGUUGAAACUGCUUUGACAAUGGCUUUACAAGUUUUACAGAAUCUUACUGCAAGGAGAAGCCCAAACUCAUACAUGAUAACCAAUACUAGAGGGAAAGUUGGACGGUUUUGCCUGUUCAAGUCCGCUUACAAAUUAGGAGAGGAUAUUGUUGGUACUUUUGACUUCUCUGUUGGCACAGUCACUUGUAUGCAGGUAUCUGUGUCAUUGCAACCAGAAGAGGUGAUAAAAUCAAAGAGCCCUAGUAAAACAGCCAACAAGGAAACAUUAAGUAGGAGCAUGACUGUGGCCAGGUACCACGAGUUCACUUUGGGACUGUCCCAGGCACAGCUCAUAUUGUCUAUACCGCUGCACAUUACACCAGCAUUUGAGGGAGAUCAAGUGUCCCUUAGAUGGAGACUACAUUUUGAGUUUGUGACAACUUGCGAAAAGUUGUUACCCAAUGCUGAAGAUGACAGUUGGAAAGCACCACUGAAUAUUGCCAUAGAGACAAUGGUAUGGAACCUACCAGUCAAAAUCUACUCAACAUUACCAAAACAAAUUCAACCACAUUCUGCUGGAAAUGAUGCUUAUACUAUGUUAAUUAAGUAA